GCAAACUAAAAUUAAACCUAAGUAGCAUCAACCCACGACCAGCCCCCAGCACCCACAGCUCCUUCUCUCUUUGUUUCCCGCCGCCCCUCUCUCGGUAUCGCCGGGGAACAGGAAAGCUGGCGAGGCCUCUCUCUCGAUCUCGCGCAGUAUCCCUUUGCCGGCGCCGCUGCUCAUCCUUCGAUCCUGCACAGAAGAAAGCCCCUCGCAGUACUCAUCUUUCCAUUCUUUACAGAAGAAGAGAGCCUCUCUCAGUAGAUCAGAGUACUCAAAAGUACAACACCAACCAUCCACUGCCUCCAACUGAAAUUCAAAACCCAUUUUGAAGAAUAAAAAACCCCUCAGUUAGGGUUUCUCUCUGCACACAGUCCCUGUGUAAAAGCUAAUACUCAAAGUGAAGUUGCCAUGCCACAAGGAGAUUAUAUAGAGCUACACAGGAAGAGGCAUGGCUACCGCCUUGACCACUUCGAGCGCAAGCGCAAGAAGGAGGCUCGUGAAGUCCACAAGCGCUCCGAGAGGGCCCAGAAAGCAUUGGGUAUCAAGGGUAAGAUGAUUGCUAAGAAAAACUAUGCUGAGAAGGCCCUCAUGAAGAAAACAUUGGCCAUGCAUGAGGAGUCAUCAUCUAGGCGCAAGGUGGAUGAUGAAGUUCAUGAAGGAGCUAUUCCUGCCUAUCUGCUGGAUCGCGAAAACACAACACGAGCAAAGAUCAUGAGCAACACUAUAAAGCAAAAGAGGAAAGAGAAGGCUGGGAAAUGGGAAGUCCCUCUACCUAAGGUGAGGCCUGUUGCAGAAGAUGAAAUGUUUAAAGUGAUUCGAUCUGGCAAGCGGAAGACCAAGCAGUGGAAGAGAAUGGUUACCAAAGUCACAUUUGUAGGACCGGGUUUUACAAGAAAGCCUCCCAAGUAUGAGCGAUUUAUCCGCCCUUCGGGAUUGCGUUUUACGAAGGCUCAUGUGACACACCCUGAGCUCAAAUGCACCUUUAACCUUGAGAUCAUUGGAGUGAAGAAAAAUCCUAAUGGUCCAAUGUAUACAUCUCUUGGUGUUAUGACCAAAGGAACCAUCAUUGAGGUGAAUGUAAGUGAAUUAGGUCUCGUCACGCCAGCUGGGAAAGUUGUAUGGGGGAAAUAUGCUCAAGUAACAAAUAAUCCGGAGAACGAUGGUUGUGUAAAUGCAGUUCUUCUUGUCUAGUAGCCAAUGGAUCGCAGUGGAACAGUUUUAUUUGCUUGCGUCAAAAGCCUCGUCAUGUCAUUUUAUCUUUUUAAUAGCUUUUUAUUAAUAUUUUAAAUGUAUUUUUAAAAAUUUUAAAGUGUAUUUUACACUGUUGAAUUUAUCAUGUUCUGAAUAUAAUUGACUCAAUUAUUAUUAAAUUUCAACUUGCCUUAGUUCA